CCAGAUUUGUUCAAAUGCCCUGACUAUGACAUCAUGGUACUUCAUGGAAUUGAGGGAGAGGUAACAAGCAAGAAGGUCUUCAAGCUCCCUUGAACUCCUGAUUCCAUUCUCCACUAUCAUAUCCACCAUGGAUUCCAUGAAGUCUCUCUCAGGAUCAACUGACGACUUAACAACUGCAACGCUCUCUCCAAUUCUGUUGCCUCUUGCUGCUGAUAAACAUGCUGUCACAGUACUCUUCCUACUAUCCUGAACUUUCCUUCUUGCAAGCUUCCUUGGCGGUUUGGGCUUCAGCUUUAUCCCCGUGGCAGAGUACUUCUUAUUCCAUGUGGGUUUGCUUGGAGAAGGACUAGACUUGGUCCUUUUCCUAUGAUCAGAAACAGACCUUUGUGCUUUCACAUGGUCCAUCUUAGAUGGCUUGGUAACUCCAGAAGUGUCUCUCUCCCCUCAAUUUUUUCUUUCUUUCUCCCAGAACUCUUUCUUUCCUCGUUAAUUCUUGAGCACCCACGACGCAGUUGUUCCGGAUACCGUUGAGGAUCAGCGUACGGAUCGGCGAUGGAUGAAAUGAAGAAUUGGGCGACUCAUGUCCUGGCAGUGUAUCCGUUUCUCCUCACAGUUGUCAGCUCUCCGGUUUCGAUGAUUCGACAAGCUGUCAGUGGAAUCUCUGCUUUUUCGUCGGGGAGACGUAAUAGCCAGAUCAAAAUCGAGGGGGAAGAGAAAGGUCUGACCUUGUUCAAACCUGCUGCGGUUAACAACGUGGAUGAGUUGCUGGGAGAACUGCUAGUGGAGAUCCUGGUUAGGCUCCCAGCUAGAGAUCUGUUACAGCUAAAAUCCGUCUGUAAAAGUUGGAAUGCCAUAAUUUCAAGCCCCUCCCUGGUUUCCAUGCACCUGAGAAACUACACCAACGGCCCGGCUGGCGCUGCCUCUCAGUUCCUGAUGGUACGCGAGGCGCCAUAUUUUGACGACUACACACGGAUUAAGCUAUUCUCUCCUGAUCAUCACGGUGAUCAUGUGUCAUCAAAAGUUCUGGAAAGUGAAAUGCCCAUUGUCUCCGGACCCUGCAACGGCAUAUUUCUGAUGGCCUAUAGAAAGACGAAAGAUUUCGUGCGCCUGUGGAACCCAGCAACUGGCAAAUCUAGGGAAAUCUCAGUGCCGCCGGCGCCCCGGAAGAGAACCGGAUUCCACUAUUACGACAGCUAUGGGUUCGGGCUAGAUCCAGCGGCUAAUGAUUUCAAGAUAGUUAUGAUUCGGCACUACUCGCAGACGUACAUUGACCCCUCGUCCGUUUUUCUGUCCCGCUCCACUCCCGAAGUUUCUGCAACAGUGGUGGUGUACACACCGGGCACUGAUACUUGGAGGGAGCUGGAAGAGCUGCGGCUUGAACUUUAUAUACUCCACUUCGUCCAAUCUUACAAUUACUUGAAUGGGUUCUGUUUCUGGUUUUGUAUAUCUCCUGUUGCAGCACUGGCAUUCGACCUUGAGAAUGAGGUUUUCCGUGUGGUUAACGACCCGGUGCCCAUUAACUGUACCAUGUAUGCUCAGGGUCAUCGUAAACAGCUUCUUGUGUACAAGGAUACGCUUGCUUUUUUUCUUUUCCGGGAGAGUACCGGUGGUUACGACUUGUGGUUACUGAGUGAAGAAUGGUGUUGGGUGAAAAACUCGACUGUUGCUCCAUUUAUUCCACCUGCUGUGAAGACGGAUGUUGCUGCUGUGGUCGUUGCUGGUACUUGUGCUGACGAGUUGAUUCAUGAAGAACCUUUUAUGUUUGCGGUAGGGUGGUGGAGGGAUGAUGUGCUUGUUCUUGCUAGGGGUUUUGGUAGCUCUAGAAUCCAUGAGUUGCUGUUGUUCGACCCUGCUACUCAGGCCACUAAAGUUGUCGCAGAUGAUAUUUGUGUAGCUCGCAGGAUUUUGGUUUACAAAGAAAGCUUGGUCAAUGUGGGGUGAAAUCACUAGGUUGGAUUAGCAAGUUUGGCAGUGGGACAUCUUUUCAGGUUUUUGUUGCCAACUGGGAAUGAAUUAUGAGCUAUUAUCAGGAUUGUAUUGAAUAUGUUCUGCUAAGCUUACUGUAUGCUUAUUGAGUUUUGUUGUUUAGACAAUGAAUUAAUUAGACUUUGGUGCAUGGUGCUGAGUGUCUGAUGCCUUGUGGUUCACAGGUGAAUUGUACAGCUUAUGAUGAUGAUAAUGAUGUUGGUUCGUAGCUCUGGCCGGUUUCGCUGACAAGUAGGAGUACCUUGGCAGCUGUGGAGCCCUUGUGGCUGCUGCUGCUGAAGGCUUUUCCUUAGAUGAAUGUUGUUGAUGGCGAUGAAGUGUGGUAGGUCUAGAUUUGCUCAUGUCUUUGAGCUUGUAAAACCAUCCAUUCGGGAUCAUGUUUGAUAAUCUAAACCGAUGUUUCAACACCAUGUCUCUUCUUUUGUCCUUGUUCUUCUUUCUGUAUGGGAUUUUUUAUUUGCCGGAGAUAGAAAGAUAAGUAGAAAGAGAGGGCUAUAUAACUAUCAUAGGAGAAGAGUCACAAAUGGUAAUUUUUUUUGAUGAUCAAGGGGGUUAUAAAGAGGAGUCACAAAGGAAUGGAGCAUAAAUGAGACAUCAUCGG